AUGGACGACACUGAAAGUCGAGCCAGGAUGGCUCUGGAAAUUGAUUCCGAGAGCGACGACCUCGAAAGCCUUGAAAGUGAUUUGACGUCGUUGUCAUCAUCUGUCUUUAAUUAUGUUUAUGAAAACGGUCGGACUUAUCACGCAUAUAAAUCUGGCGCUUAUAUACUGCCCAACGAUGAAAAAGAACAAGACAGACUGGACCUCCUUAACCAUGUUUUCCGGCUAUGUCUCAAUGGCGAUCUGUGUUUUUCUCAGGGAGAUCUUAUCAAUCCUCAAAAAGUCCUCGAUGUUGGCACGGGCACUGGUAUCUGGGCAAUUGAGAUGGCCGAUGCCUAUCCAUCCGCAGAAGUAACGGGUGUUGAUCUGUCUCCGAUUCAACCUAGGUGGGUGCCUCCUAAUGUGAGGUUUAUCAUCGACGAUAUCACCCAGCCGUGGGACUUUCGGACCAAUUCAUUCGAUUUCAUACACGUGCGCUGCCUGGCCGGUAGUAUAACGGAUUGGCCUGGGUUUCUGGCUCAAGCUUAUAGGCAUCUGAAGCCAGGUGGAAAGAUUGAGCUUUCUGAAGGCCGUACUCACAUGGUCUGCGAUGAUGGGACUUAUCCCGAAACAUCCUAUACGUAUAAGUGGAUUGCCGAAUUUAAUCGAAUAUCAAACUCACUAGGCAGGGUCUUUGAUAAAUUUCCAGAGUUCCACGGGCUGUUAGAGAAUGCUGGUUUUACUUCUGUGCGAACACACGAGGAACCGUGCCCUAUUGGGACAUGGCCAAAAAAUCCAAGAUUGAAAGAGAUUGGUCGGUACUUCCGUGUCCAAUUCCUCGAGGGAGCGGUCGACAGCUAUUCUCUAGCUCUCUUCACACGAUAUGGAGGUUGGUCGACAGUAGAGACGGAGGUUUUGUUGGCGCACGUUCGGGAUGAGAUCAAGUCCAAUAAGAUGCAUGUCUACACUCAUUGCUCUUUCGCUACAGCGACGAAGCCACUUGAAUAA